UAUUAAAGUACACUUGCGCAGAAAUGGAAGUUCCCGACAAGCUGACGCCGUCGGAUGUUGUAAGGGGACUAGCGAACAAACUACUCGUUUCAAGUAUCUUCAAGAAAACACGCGGCAUACGUUGCAGAUCUUAGAAUCCGGGAUAGAUGUUUCGUUAUCAUCUCCCCUCUUGUUUUCGAAACUUCUUAGGAUUGUGAAAUUGAAUUUCACACUCGGGUCAAGGGUUUUUUACUUUUUCAGCAGUUGUAAUUGGGUCGGAAACAAUGUUUGACCGAUGAAACUGGUGAUGAACUUGGGGCUUUGGUUCAGGUUCAGUUCGUGACCUGAGGGGUUUCGGAGGGAAAUUGAUGGCAGCCGUGAAUCCACAACCUUUGCAGGCGCUUCCAUUCGAGGAAAACGUGCGGGAUCCAGUUCCUAUAGAGGACGGCGACGACGACUAUGAGGAUGGGGGUGCUAGUGGCGAUGCUAUGGAUGAGUUGGAAGAGGGAAAUGUUAAUUCAGUGACCGUGCCAAGCCAUGGAGUUGUUACGACGUCCCGAACUAGUGAGCUCACUCUUUCUUUCGAGGGCGAGGUUUAUGUGUUUCCUGCUGUGACACCGGAGAAGGUGCAAGCUGUUUUGCUUCUUUUGGGAGGACGUGAUGUGCCUGCAUGUGCUCCUUCUGUUGAAGUACCAUUUGACGAAAGCAACAAGGGCAUAGGUGAUGCUCCAAAGCAGUUGAACAUUUCGAGAAGAAUAGCCUCCUUGGUUAGGUUCCGGGAAAAACGCAAGGAAAGAUGUUUUGACAAGAAGAUUAGGUACACUGUGAGAAAAGAGGUGGCACAAAGGAUGCAUCGCAAGAACGGACAAUUUGCAUCCUUGAAAGAAAGUCCUGGUUUAUCUAAUUUGGUUUCUACAGAAAGCUUUCUUCAGGAUGGCACUCAUUCUGGAACUCUACGUAGAUGUCAACAUUGUGGUGUUAGUGAAAAUAAUACUCCUGCAAUGCGUCGUGGUCCAGCUGGACCAAGGACACUAUGUAAUGCAUGUGGCCUUAUGUGGGCAAAUAAGGGAACACUCAGAGAUCUCAACAAGGGAGGAAGAAAUAUUUCUGUUGAGCAAAGUGAAGUGGAGACUCCUCUUGAGGUCAAACCUAUUAUCCUAGAAGGAGGAGAAUUGCCUGACAUUCAUAAGGCAUUUCUGAAGAUCCUUCCAAGGCCAUUGCUGAAGGGUCUAAUAAUCAUGCUGUCAACCCCAGUGACGAGGAAUUGCACUCUGGUGAACACUUGUCAACCACAAUGCCAUCAGGCUUUUUGUCUUCUUCAGCGAAUGAUGUUGAGCAGGAACCUCUGGCUGAGCUUUCUAAUCCUUCCGACACAGAUAUUGAUAUUCCUGGAAGCUUCGAUUAGAAGGUACCAAAGUGCUUUAUAAUGUCAAGGAAUUUUAAAUACUAAGUAUAGUAGCUUUACUAAUGAGAUCUGGUGGAAGUGAUACGUGCUGAAUGAGACAUCUGAAAGGCGUUAAAUCAAGUCAUGAUUGAAUAUAGUGCUCACAAAUGUUGAAGUUCUCCGAUUAUGCACCUUUAGUGAUUAUCAUGAAAAAUACGACACAUCAUAUAGGGUCUGGGAAUUGUUUAAUCCAACAUGAUUUUAAUGAUAAAAAUUAUCGUAAGAAUCAUUGCACGGCAACUCCAAUUUCACGGAUGAAUCUUCAGCGGUGUGUAAUUCUGAAGAACGAACGUCGCUUGCUGCAGCUAAUUUGGAUAUUGAAUUUAGGAGUAUCAUAAUUAACUGUUCUGACACGUCUUGAGUAUUUACCCUGCUGGCAUCGGUUGAGAAUCGAGAAGCUUUGGAUCCGUUUUGGGUGUCCAGUCAUCUGUACAUACACAUAAAAGCAAAAAGAGUUGUUUGUGGUGUCUUGUGUUCGUUGUUCUUUAUCGCAUGUAAGAUGCAUGUUACAUCAUGGGGCCAAAAAAUCGUUGUAAUUGAUGAUCAUUAGCACCACUAUUUUUUAGGAUAAGUCAUAGUCUAGCCCACCUGUCUGGUUCAAAAUUCAUUUGCUUUCUUGUUAUUGUCAUUCAACACUCUGGUUUGCUCUCUUGUAGCAUGUGUUAUUUUGCAAUUAAAUUUGAAUAAAAAUACUGUAAAUAUUAAAAUCGUGACUGCUUUUGUUGUUUAAUGCGAGUAUAUGUUGAGCA